AGGUUUAACAUGCCAAGCUUGUUCAAGCAGGGAGACAUAAUGAUUGGAGGGAUUUUCCCAGUUUUCAACAAAGAGGUAGGCAGCGCCUCUACGUUCAAGAGCAAGCCACCUGGAGUGAAGUGUGUGGGAUUUGACCUGCGUCCUUUCCGAUGGACUCAAGUGAUGAUGUUUGCAAUUGAAGAAAUCAAUAAUGAUCCUGCUCUCCUGCCAAAUGUAUCUCUUGGUUAUAGGAUCCUUGAUUCUUGUGCAUCUCCUACCAACACUUUACGAGCUGCACUGACACUGGCAAGCACACCAGAGGAGAUUUCACCUUGUCCUCCAGCUAUAUCUGCCCUUAUAGCAGAGUCUGGAUCCACUCAAUCUUUAGUUGUUGCUGGAGCUCUUGGACCAUUUCAAGUGCCAGUUGUAAGUUACUUCUCAACAUGUGCCUGCCUGAGUGAUAAAGCCAAAUAUCCUACAUUUUUUCGGACAAUUCCCAGUGACUACUUCCAGGCAAAAGCGUUGGCAACACUGGUUAAACGUUUUGGCUGGCACUGGAUUGGAGCCAUACACUCUGACAAUGACUAUGGCAGGAAUGGGAUCCAGGCUUUUGCUGCAGAGGUUAAAAAGCAUGGCAUCUGUAUCGCAUUUGUAGGGACUAUUUUACGGACUUACACAAUGGAUAAAGUUCUUGAUGUUGUGGAAAUGAUCAAGCAAUCAACUGUCAAGGUGAUCCUUGCUUUUGUUCCAGAAGGCGACUUUUACCCUUUGAUGAAAGAGAUUGUUAAACAGAACAUUACUGGAAUUCAAUGGAUAGCCAGUGAGGCCUGGAUAACAGCAGCUCGACCAUCCACACCAGAAAUGUACCGAGUUUUUGGAGGAGCCUUGGGGUUUGUGGUGCAAAAGAUGGCUAUUCCAAAACUUCAGCAAUUUCUGACACACAUUAGCCCCUACAGAGAUCCGAAUGCAGCAUUUGUCAAUGACUUUUGGGAGACUAUGGUGGGUUGUAGACCAGUUUCAUCUACAGAAUACAGAGUUACUGAAGCACUGUAUGAAGUAUGCAUAGGCAAUGAGACACUGAAGACUUCAGAGGAUGUGUUCUUUAAUGUCACACAGCUCAGAGUGUCGUAUAAUGUCUAUAAAGCAGUUUAUGCCAUUGCUCAUGCCUUACAUCAGCUGAUAUUCUGCCAACCAGUUGGAGGAAACUCAGUGAAGCCUUGUUUGAAUUCAUCAGAAAUCAAACCCAUGGAGGUCAGUGACCAGUUAAGAAGGGUGAAUUUUAGGAAUCAAUUUGAGGAUGAUGUGUUUUUUGAUAUCAAUGGAGACCCUCCUGCUUCAUAUGAUAUUAUAAACUGGCAGCUGAGAGAUGGGCAGGUGCAACAUGUCACAGUGGGCCAUUUUGCUUCUUCUGCAAACGGUGAUCAUAAGCUCAGCAUUAGAGAUGAAGAAAUCGUGUGGAGGACAGGAAAAAUGGUCCCAAUAUCAGUGUGCUCAAUUGUUUGUCCAACUGGAACAAGAAAAGCUCAAAUAAAAGGAAAACCAACCUGCUGUUUUGACUGUAUCCCUUGUGCUGAUGGGACUAUAGCAAACCUAACAGGAGCAGCUGAUUGCACACCCUGUCCUCAGGAAUACUGGUCCAAUGAAAGGAAAGAUGAGUGUAUUCCUAAAACUAUUGAGUUUCUAACGUAUAAUGAGCCAAUGGGAAUAGCCCUCACAGUCGUAUCCCUGCUAGGGGCUUCCAUGUCUCUGGCAACAAUGAUUGUCUUCAUCCGUUACAGAGAAACUCCUGUCAUAAAGGCCAGCAACUCUGAGCUCAGCUGUUUCCUCUUGAUUUCUCUCUUUCUGUGUUUUCUCUGCCCCCUAACUUUCAUCGGCAGACCCACUGUUUGGACGUGCAUGCUGCGACACACAGCUUUUGGUGUGACUUUUGCUCUCUGUAUGUCCUGUGUCCUUGGAAAAACUAUUGUUGUUGUGACAGUUUUCAAAGCCACAUUUCCUGGAAAGAAAGUGGCAGAAAAGUUUGGUCCUGCACAGCAAAGGAUAAUAGUUUGCUCCUGCACUUUGAUUCAGGUAGUGAUAUGUGUGCUGUGGCUGAAACUAAAGCCACCUUUCCCUGACAUGGUAUUCACAUACAGCAAUAAGAAGAUUGUUUUAGAGUGUAAUACGGGCUCUGAGGCUGCUUUCUAUGCUGUGCUGGGGUACAUUGGGAUUCUGGCAGUAAUAUGUCUGGUUCUGGCUUUUCUUGCAAGAAAGUUGCCUGAUAACUUUAAUGAAGCUAAAUUUAUCACAUUCAGCAUGCUGAUAUUCUGUGCAGUGUGGAUCACCUUCAUCCCUGCAUAUGUAAGCUCUCCUGGAAAGUUCACUGUAGCCGUGGAAAUAUUUGCAAUCUUAUCUUCAGCAUUUGGCUUACUGAUAAGCAUUUUUGCACCUAAGUGUUACAUAAUACUGAUUAAGCCAGAGAAGAAUACUAAGAAACAUGUCAUGGGAAAACUGUAA